AUGAUGCAACAGCGAAUGGACAUGCUUGACUCAAACCCUGAAAUGGUCGAAGUUACCAGCAAAAACUAUGAUGCAGCUGCUCGUGCAGCUGAAGUCCUCCGAAGACAUUCUAUCAUGGAUACUGCUCAUUCUCCAGCCAAUCCUGCUACACCUCAUCCUUCUGCACCCAUCAUUGCAAGCACACCUGUUGUGACUGGCGCAUUUCCCGGUUCCAGCAACCGACAUGCUCGCCGUUCAAGCCAUCUUCAGGAUGAUUGGGAAAGGCAAAGAUUUUUAGCAAACAUGAUGCAACAGCGAAUGGACAUGUUUGACUCAAACCCUGAAAUGGUUGAAGUUGCCAGCAAAAACUAUGAUGCAGCUGCUCGUGCAGCUGAAGUCCUCCGAGCAUAUCACGAUUAUGUGCAACAUGGUUUGUUGGAAGCUGACUUCGAUAUGGAUACCUGCACUAUCACAGAUUUGGAUGAAUCUCAACUUCAGGAUGAUCGGGAAAGGCAAAGAAAGCAGAAUGUCAACUCUGGGAUACCAGAUCUCACAAAAGUCUCAGACGCAGAUCUUAGACGAUUGGUUUAUUUUAUCCAUGCCAAGACCGUGGCUCAUGCCAACAAUCUUCGUGAAGAACGGGAAAAUGGGAAAGGCGAGGCAUACACUCUCAAUGACUAUUUUGACAUCGUGAUAGAAUUCUUAGAGGAGAACGAAAUUAUCGAGCACGCUCAACUUCACAAAUGGUCAAAAGAGCUAAUGGAAGAACGCAUUAUUGUCUUGAUGAAGAAAGUCGCUGAGAAAGGGCAAGAGAUACUGCAAGAAACAAAUCCUGAUCCGGAUAUGAAUGCUGUGACGAUUGAAUCUGUUGCAGAGGAGGAGGAUGACACUUCCCCUGCUACACCAUUACGUCAGAACAGCACAAUCGAUGAUAGUGGAAUUGCAGAAAUUGCUCAAAGUAUACCGUCAAAGACGAUGAAUGGGAGCACACCAGCAACAGAGGACAAUAUUGGAGCCAUCUUUUUAUCUCGUCGUAGUCAGAGUAAGCAAUCACCCGUGUCGGAUCGUGAACGUGUUGAACGUAUUAAAGAGCAGAUGGAAAGUGACAAAAUUUCAAUGAGAGAGGCAUACAGAAAUGGUAAUCCGAGCUCUAUUACUAGGAAACGAACCGUCUCAGAGGAAGUGUUCAUUGCAGAGCGGGCGGCUUUACAAGCCAAAAUGGAGUUACAAGAGGCAAAGCUUUCCGCUCAAAGUGACACAAUCUCACAGCUUCAUUCACAAUGCGCUUGUACGGUUUGUUUGGAACUCGCAUACAGACCACAUGUGCUUUCCCCCUGUGGUCACGUAUUUUGUGCUCGUUGUCUUGUGUUGUGGUUCAAAGAGGCAUUGCCAGAUGAGCCACCGUUCGCUCCGUAUCUGACAGAAGAGCAAAGGAUAGAGGAACAACAACGUCGGACAUUACGACGUAAAAAGCUUUGUCCGCAUUGUCGUGUAAGA